UCACUAUUAAAAUUCCGAUACCCACACGUCUUUCCUGGAUCUUCAGCCUUAGUAAAUUUGUUCCAAAAUCUUUGAUUCCAUUUCUUUCUUUAUAUAUGUUCAUUUAACCAAAUUAAGGAUACAAAUUCUCAUCACGACUCCUCCGGACUUGCGUUAUAUAUGCGUAAAGACGUGCAUGAAGUGCCAAGAACCCAAGUCUGAGCACUCUCAGACUUCUUACAAACCUACUCUCACAAAGAAGAAGAAGAAGCCAUGGGCUUCAAGAACCCUUCUUUACGGAUCUUUUUCUCCAUCUACAUUAUAUUCCACGCUUUCCUCGUCCCUCCAGCGACGUCGUCUCCCUCCGCCAUUGCCAAUGCCAGCAGUGGAGGCGGCGGCCACUGGAUUCUCCUGCACCGAAGUAUUGGCAUUUCGGCCAUGCACAUGCAAGUGAUGAAGAACAACAAGGUCGUCAUCUUCGACCGCACCAACUUUGGCCCCUCCAACAUCUCACUACCCAAUGGCCGUUGCCGCUUCAAUCCUCGCGACAUGGCUUUGAAAGUCGACUGCACCGCACAUUCCGUCCUUUACGACGUCGCUUCCAACUCCUUCCGGCCCCUCACCGUCCAGACCGACACCUGGUGCUCCUCCGCCGCUGUCGACUCCUUCGGCACCCUCAUCCAAACCGGCGGCUUCAAUGAUGGCUACAACAAACUCCGAAUUUUCACCCCCUGCGACGACGAUCGCUGCGACUGGAUCGAGGUCGCUGUUCCUUUAAGUAACAGUCGCUGGUAUGCCUCUAAUCAGAUUCUCCCCGACGGUCGCAUUAUCAUCGUUGGUGGUCGUUCAGUUUUCACCUACGAGUUUGUCCCCAAGAAUUCAGGAAACGACAAUGGGUCAUAUUACUUUAGGUUCUUGAGAGAGACGAGGGACUCCGGACAUGGAGAAGAGAAUAAUCUUUAUCCCUUCUUGCAUCUCUUGCCGGACGGGAAUCUCUUCGUCUUCGCCAAUAAACGCUCCGUUUUGUUCGAUUACAUGCGGAAUCGGGUCGUCAGAGAGUACCCGGUUAUGCCCGGUGACGAGAAACGAAACUACCCGAGUACCGGGUCGUCGGUUUUGCUCCCCUUGAACUUAACCGGGUUGGUAGACACGACCAGGUUGCCCGAUGCAGAGGUGAUGGUGUGUGGCGGAGCUUUCCCAGGCGCGUUUCCUUUGGCUGAUAAGAAGAAAGUGUUUGUGGAAGCAUCGAGAAGUUGCGGAAGGAUCCGUGUGACCGACCCGAAUCCGAAAUGGGUCACGGAGAAGAUGCCCAUGCCCCGGGUCAUGCCCGACAUGUUGAUAUUACCCACCGGUGAUGUGAUCAUCCUCAACGGUGCUCGCAAUGGGACGGCCGGGUGGGAGAAUGCAGCGAACCCGGCAUGGAACCCGGUUCUCUACAAGCCGAACGAGCCCGACCAGAAUGAUAGAUUCGAAGUAUUGAACCCCACAAAAACUGCACGGAUGUAUCACUCGUCGGCGGUGCUGUUGCCGGACGGAAGAAUAUUAGUGGGAGGGAGUAACCCACAUAGAUUGUACGACUUCAAAGCGUACCCGCACCCGACGGAUUUGAGCUUGGAGGCAUAUUACCCCAGUUACUUGGACCCGAAAUUCAGUCCUCUGCGACCAACCAUUAUAGCUAUAGAGGCGGCGAACAAUAGGGCGUCGUACGAGGAGACUUUCUCGGUGACGUUAUCGUUGCAAGAGUACCACGGAGCAGGGGGGGUUGUCGUUGCACUAGUGGCGCCGUCGUUUACGACGCACUCGUUCGCGAUGAAUCAGAGGAUGUUGGCGUUGGAUGUGGUGGUUGUGGAGAGGGUGGCCCCACAUGCUUACAGGGUUACGGCGCGUGGGCCCCCGUCACCUAAUUUCGCCCCACCUGGCUACUACAUGCUUUACGUUGUCCACGCUGGAAUUCCUAGUGUUGCCGUUUGGCUUCAGGUUAAGUAAGUCCACGUGAUCAUAGCUCUUGAUUAUGUGCCUAUCUUCUUGAUGUUUUUUUGACCCCUAAGUUAUCAAGCAGUAUCGAUAGAUCGAUCAAUUUUAUCCGAGCUGUUCUUUAAUCUGUAUGUUUUUUUGUUCAGGAUUUAUGGAGUUUUUAAUAUUUGAUGAGGAGCAUAUGAUUUUUCCUGGUGUGAGCGUAAAAUAAAAAAUUUUUUCUUCCUUACUUUUUUUUUAAUAGAAAAUUGAGGAGCUAGCAUAUAAAAUGUGUUUCGCGAAGUUUAUGCA